CGUUCCAAAACUGUUUCUUGUUGAUUGUUGGACAGCUGUGCCUGGCUGUUCCUGUAAACAGCCUUUAGAGUGUUUAUAGCAAUAGUAUCACGAUAGUGUAAUGUCUUGAAGAUUUGCUGUAUUGUUUAGUUCGCUUAUCGAGUGUUCAUAUGCUAGAAAACUGUGAAAGUCUUCAAGAUUUGUGUCGUCGUGUUGUCAUCCAGUCCAUCGGUAGCAAAAGACUUGUAAAUGUACUCCCACUGCCUGGUAGAGUUGCAGAAUGGUUAAAAGAAUAUAAUGAACCAACAAAGUUUUACAGGAAAUGUUCAACAAGUGAUGUGCUGUUUUCAUCUAAUCAAGAAACAAUAACAUUUCAAGGGCGACAUUUCUAUAGCACCACCUUCAUCUAUACCCCAUUUGGGCGUGGCUACACGCGUGGAAAACACGAAUGGGUGUUUUACUUUGAUAACUGUUGUGGACAAGUUGCCGUCUCUUUGCUUCCUACUGAAUUCAAGGAGAAGAAACAAUUCGGGAGGGUGCCUUACACGGGGAGAAGAAUUGGUUGGGCAUUUAAUCAGGUUGGAACUGUGACAUACGAGGUUCCAAUGUGGGAAGAAAAGACACGUUAUGGCAAGCUUUUCCAGUCCUGGGAUAUGAUAGGAAUGCUAUUAGACCUUGAGGAAGGUACUCUUGGAUUUUCAGUAAACGGUAAAGAACUUGGAAUAGCGAUUGAUGAAGGUUUGAAGGGAAAAGAAGUAUUUCCCGCUGUCUGUCUGUGCGCACGMGGAGAAAAAGCAACAUUUGUUCGCAGUACAACCUAUAUAUGAUCGUGAAGCUUCAAUUUUCAACGGUAUUGCCAGCUCAGUUUUGGUCUAGUCUUGAGCGUCCAUUCUCACGAGAUUUACAUGACCUUCAUGGUUAUUACAGGAGAACUAUAACCGGUUUAAGCAACGACUUAUUCAUCACUUCAAAUGAAUUUAUCAAUGUAAUUUUAAAGAAAAAAAUACACACGUUCUAAAAUUUGUCAGGAUUCAGAAGAAUUCCCAGCUUGAGAGAAUCAAUAAUAAUUAUAAAAAUAAGAAUAAGAAUAAUAAAAAUAUUAGGACUACUCA